CAUAUUUUCAGACAGGGUAGAAAACGGUCACACUAACGCGCACAUGUUUUUGUUUUGUUGACAAAAUAAAUCGGCAUGUCUCGGAAAAAGUGGACUUCGCUGGACAAACCCCCGCUCUCUGAUGCAGUACUGCAGGUGGUGCAAAGCUUCGGCUUUCAGCAGAUGACGCCCGUACAGACGGCUGCCAUUCCGCUGCUUUUAGCACGGAAAGAUGUCUCCGCGGAGGCAGUUACUGGUAGUGGCAAAACGCUGGCAUUUCUCGUGCCCCUGCUGGAAAUUCUUCAGAGACGUCAUAAGGAAACGCCAUGGGGUCCUAAAGAAAUCGGCGCCCUCAUCAUCUCGCCCACCAGAGAACUAGCCCGACAGAUUUCUGAAGUGCUUGCCCAAUUUUUGGAGCACGAAGAUCUAGAGCACCUGAAUCAACAGUUGAUUGUAGGUGGGAACAGCAUUGAGGAAGAUAUUGCUACGCUGCGAAAGGAAACACCCUGCAUACUGGUGUGCACGCCUGGACGACUGGAAGAUCUUUUCCAGCGCAAGGGAGAUGAUCUAAAUUUGGCGGCGAGGGUCAAGAGUUUGGAGUUUUUGGUCUUAGACGAAGCCGAUCGUUUGCUGGAUUUGGGAUUCAAAACGAGUGUAAAUAACAUACUCGGCUACUUGCCGAGACAGCGGCGAACCGGACUUUUUUCCGCAACACAGACCACCGAGGUUACAGAUUUAAUCCGUGCUGGCUUACGAAAUCCUGUACUGGUAUCUGUCAAAGAAAAAGCCUCCGUUAACACCCCCGCCCGUUUGCAGAAUUUUUAUAGGAUUGUCGAACCAGAACGGAAGUUCCUGGCCCUACUGGAUUUCCUCAGUAGCCCCACCACACGCACUGGAAAGGUUAUGGUGUUUUUUCCCACCUGCGCCUGUGUGGAGUACUGGGCGGAGGCCUUGCCUCCUCUUUUGCCCAAACGCACAGUACUAGGAAUUCAUGGGAAGAUGAAAAAUAAGAGGGCCAAUGUGGUUGAGAAGUUCCGCAACACGCCACAGGCUGUACUUCUCUGUACGGAUGUCCUAGCUCGUGGUUUGGAUGUGCCCGAGAUCGAAUGGGUGGUUCAGUGGGAUCCACCCUCAACAGCCUCCAGCUUUGUGCAUCGUGUGGGACGCACUGCGCGACAGGGAAACGAGGGCAACGCUCUGGUGUUUCUGCUACCCAGUGAGGAUGCCUAUGUGCACUUUCUCAAGAUCAACCAGAAAGUCGAGCUGAAUGAACUGCCAAUCGAGGAGCAAAAGGAUGAUUCUUUUUCGGUAAAGGAUCAACUGGCAGUCGUUUUAGACCAAUUGCAUCGGCUACAGGCGGCGGACAAGGGAGUCUAUGAUAAAGGAAUGCGCGCUUUUGUUUCCCAUGUAAGAGCAUACACCAAACAUGAGUGCAGCGCUAUUCUCCGGCUAAAAGAUCUGGAUUUGGGCAAAAUGGCAACUGCGUACGGUCUACUUCAACUGCCACGUAUGCCGGAGCUUAAGAACUACACGGAUGGCGGCUAUGUGGCGCCCUCUUUUGAGGUGGAUCUGACCAAGCUCACCUACAAGAACACGCAAAAGGAGCAAAUCCGACAGAAAAAAAUGGAAACAUACGAGCAAACAGGAAGCUGGCCGGGACAGAAACAGCAUAAAAAGCGUGUCGAGUCUUGGGAUCAGACAAAGAAGGCCAAACUGGAUGCUAAGUCAAAGAAGGAGUUGCGCAAGGCCAAGAAACAGCGGAAGAAAGCGGCGGAGGGUGAGGCGGGAGGGUCUGGAACUGGAAAGGGAAAGAAAAGGCAGCAGUUUAGCCAGGAGGAUCUAGAUGAACUUGCCAGCGAUAUUCGGCUCUUUAAAAGACUCAAAAAGAACAAGAUCAGCGAGGAGGAAUUCGACAAGGCUAUGGGCAUCGAGGACGAUAAUGAAUGACUUUCGAUUGGGUUACAUUAUGUACAAUAAAGAUUUGUUAAGAACAUAUAGUAUAACCGUAUAAAGUUAACCGUUAUUUAAAAAAACAAAAUAGUUUGAUUUUUGUAUAAAUACAUAAGUAUAUCAAACUUUAUUGAAGCGAUAAUGAGGGUAACAAAACAUCGACGUUAAUACUAUAACUAAAUGAGAUGGAAUAAAACUGAAA